GAUAAGCAUGGGCAUGUUAUGUUAUUUGCUGCUUUUAUGUUUGCACAUGAUGAUUCCUUGUGUUUUCAGUCAAGUUAAAGAUUUUGUGAGCAUAGAUUGUGGAGCUAGAGGAAACUACACUGAUCCCAACACUGGACUCACUUGGGUGUCAGAUGUUAGCUUCAACAGAUACGGCAAUGUGGUGGAAUUUAAUACCACAAAUAAAAUUAGCCCUCAAUACAGAUCCUACAGGUAUUUUCCCGCCGAUAACAAGAAGUACUGCUAUACUCUGCCUACUACAGAGAGAAAGAGAUAUCUCAUACGGGCAACAUUUCUCUACGGGGAUUCCAAUUUUGACGAUCCAUAUCCAAUGUUUGAGAUCUACAUGGACGCUACGCAUUGGUCGACUGUCAAAAUUAAGGAUGCUUCAAGGGUGUAUGUUGAAGAGAUGAUAGUCAGGGCUCCAUCAGAUUCAGUACCAGUUUGCCUUUGCUGUGCAUCGACGGGUUUCCCUUUUAUAUCCACUCUUGAGCUGAGGCCGUUGAAUGAUUCAAUGUAUAUGACAGAUUAUGAGGAUAAUUUCUUCCUUAAAGUUGCGGCGAGGAUAAACUUUGGUGCCAUGACUAUCAAUCCCAUAAGCAGGUAUCCUGAUGACCCUUAUGAUCGAAUAUGGGAGUCGGAUUUGGAUCAGAGGCAGAACUAUCUUGUGGGGAUGGCUCCUGGCACUAAAAGAAUUAGAACUCUCAAGAACAUAAAGACAAGCCUACGCGAAUAUCCACCACUUAAGGUAAUGCAGACUGCUGUAGUUGGAACAAAGGGAAGACUUUCCUACAGAUUAGAUCUUGAUGGUUUCCCUGCCAAUGCCCGGGCUUAUGCAUAUUUAGCAGAGAUUGAAGAUUUGGGUAAAAACGAGACACGAAAAUUUUCUAUGCUGCAGCCCAGCAUACCUGGAUAUAACGAUGUUGUAGUCAACAUUGCGGAGAAUGCAAAUGGAAGUUAUGCUCUCUAUGAACCCAGUUACAUGAAUGUAUCACUCGACUUUGUUCUUUCAUGUCUAUUCUCCAAGACUCGGGAUUCUACUCGUGGUCCACUUCUGAAUGCAAUUGAGAUUAGCAAAUAUGUGCAGAUUGUUCCGAAAACAGACAGUCAAGAUGAUGCUAUUCUGGAUGCAUUGCGAUCCUUGUCCUCUAAGGGCGCAUGGAGGCAUGAAAGUGGCGAUCCUUGUGUUCCUGCUCAGUGGGAGUGGGUGAAUUGCAGCUCAACCAUGCCAUCAAGGAUUACAAAAAUUUUUCUGUCGAACAAGGUCCUGAAUGGUUCGAUACCGAUGGAGAUCAAGCAGAUGAACCAGCUAGAAGAAUUGUGGUUAGAUGGUAAUUCCUUGAGGGGACUGAUUCCGGACAUGAGCAGUUUGAGAAGUCUUACUGUUGUGCAUCUGGAAAACAAUAGAUUGAGUGGUCAGUUACCGUCGUACUUUGCAGAGUUACCAAAACUACGAGAAUUGUAUGUACAAAACAACUGUUUGAGUGGAAACAUUCCUCCAGCUUUAUUGAGUGGCAAAUUUAUAAUCAACUAUGAUGCCAAUCCCGGAUUAAACAUAAUUGGAGGCUCAGGCCAUCAAAGAAGUCUGAGAUUCAUACUCAUUGUGGUCAGUGGAACAUUUGUUGCUUCGAUAAUUCUUUUGUUAGGAUGUCUAUGGUUGCUAAGGAAUCGUCGCAGAAAGUCACUGAAGAGUGAAAGUAGUGAAAAAUAUGACUCGUUCCGCAUCGUGUCUAAACAUUCGACGCGCUAUUCUAUUUCACGAGGUGCAUCUUUGUUUGCUGAUGAAAAUUUUGAUGUUGCGUGUUACAUUUCACUUUCUGCGAUAGAAGAAGGAACAUGUAACUUCUCUACAAAGAUUGGCGAGGGAAGUUUUGGACCUGUAUACUAUGGGAAAAUGAAAGAUGGAAAAGAAGUGGCCGUCAAGAUCUCGUCUGAUCAAUCUAGUCAUGGAACUCAGCAAUUUGUGAAUGAGGUUUCUCUCUUAUCAAGAGUCCAUCACAAAAACUUGGUUCCUUUAGUUGGAUAUUGUGAAGAAGAUCAUCAAAGAAUUCUUGUAUACGAGUAUAUGCAUAACGGAACCUUGCGAAAUCAUAUACAUGAUUCUGAAAAGAAGAGGAGUUUGAAUUGGCUUUCUCGUCUCCUAAUUGCAGAAGAUGCUGCUAAAGGCCUUGCAUACUUGCACAGUGGAUGCAAUCCUUGCAUUAUACAUCGAGAUGUAAAGACGAGUAAUAUUUUAUUAGACACCAAUAUGAGGGCUAAGGUGUCAGAUUUCGGGCUUUCUAAACAAGCUGAAGAAAAUUUUACCCACAUAUCAAGUGUUGCACGAGGAACAGUUGGAUAUCUCGAUCCUGAAUACUACGCGAACCAACAAUUGAAUGAUAAGAGCGAUGUCUAUAGUUUUGGAAUUGUACUCCUGGAGCUAAUUUCCGGAAGGAAGCCCUUCUCGGUGGAAGAUUAUGGCUCCGAUUGGAACAUUGUUCAUUGGGCAAGGUCGCUGCUGCGUAAAGGGGACAUAUCAAAUAUCGUGGAUCCUUCUCUUAUCGGAACCUUCAAAAUUGAAUCUCUGUGGAGGAUUGCCGAAAUCGCAAUCCUCAGUGUUGAGCCUCACGGAGUUUGUAGGCCGAGGAUGCAAGAAGUAGAAUUGGCCAUCCAGGACGCGAUUAAAAUAGAGAAAGGAAGCAAACCAAGCUCUGGUUCAUCUUCAAGCUCAUCAAAUGUGCUUGCUUUGCAUGUGAGUUUCCCUUCCAGCCAACUUGAAAUUUUGAGUUGUAACUCAUCAAACAAUAUGAAUCUUCCUUCUGCUAGAUAGACUGAAUAUGGGUAGUAUUUGGAUGUUCAUAUGGAUGGUGAUUUUGAAUGUAAAGUUUGUGAAGCUUUGAAGGUUCAAUUGGAAUGUAGUACUGAUCUAUGUUGCUGUAAGAUACUAAUCCAUAUUGUGGCCAUUUAAUUUGCAUGUUGACUUCGAUUUCAAUACCCAGCUUGCAAAUGUAGGGUUAUGAUCAGAUUUCCAAAUUGCUUGC